UUUUUUUUUUUUACUGGCUUUAAUUUUUACUUAUUCCGGGCUUUGUUGUUUUUCUUUUUCGUUUGCACCAUGAACAAGCUGUACAUUGGGAAUCUAGGCGACAGCGUGACUGCUGAGGACUUGGGGAAAACCUUUGACGACCAUAAGAUCCCCUACUCCGGACAGUUUCUCAUGAAAACCGGCUACGCGUUUGUGGAUUGUCCAGACGAUCAGUGCGCCAUGAAGGCUAUCGAAACGUUUUCCGGUAAAGUGGAACUUAAGGGGAAAUGCAUGGAGGUCGAGCACUCCGUCCCCAAGAAGCAAAGGACCAGAAAACUGCAGAUCAGAAACAUUCCACCUCACCUGCAGUGGGAGGUGCUGGAUGGUCUGCUGGCUCAGUGUGGAACCGUAGAAAACUGUGAACAAGUGAACACAGACAGUGAGACUGCAGUGGUUAACGUUACGUAUGCAUCCCGGGAGCACGCCAGGCAAGCGAUCCAGAAGCUGAAUGGAUACCAGUUUGAGAACCACGCCCUGCGCGUCUCCUACAUCCCUGACGAAACCUCUGAGCUGGAGGGAGGCCAGCGGGGGCCCGAUAACGGCCGGCGCCCUGGAUACGGGCCCCGCGGAGGCCCCCGUGGAGGCUCCCCCAGCUCUGGGAUGCCCUCCAAGCCUCCACAUGUGGACAUCCCCCUGAGACUGCUGGUGCCCACGCAGUACGUUGGAGCCAUCAUCGGCAAGGAGGGGGCCACCAUCCGGAACAUCACCAAGCAGACGCAGAGCAAGGUUGACGUGCAUCGUAAGGAGAACGCCGGCGCUGCAGAGAAGCCCAUCAGCAUCCACUCCACCGCUGAGGGCUGCUCCUCCGCCUGCCGGAUGAUCCUGGAGAUCAUGCAACAGGAAGCUAAAGACACCAAGACUGCUGAUGAGGUUCCCCUGAAGAUUCUGGCUCACAACAACUUUGUGGGACGCCUGAUCGGAAAGGAGGGACGCAACCUGAAGAAAGUCGAGCAAGAUACAGACACCAAGAUCACCAUCUCCCCUCUACAGGACCUGACGCUGUAUAACCCAGAGAGAACCAUCACAGUUAAAGGAUCCAUUGAAGCUUGCUGCCUGGCCGAGGUGGAGAUCAUGAAGAAGAUCAGAGAGGCUUACGAGAACGACAUCGCAGCAAUGAAUCAACAGACCCACCUGAUCCCUGGACUGAACCUGGGUGCUCUGGGCCUCUUCCCCUCUUCCUCCAAUCUGCCCCCGCCGCCUCCUGGAAAUGCUGCUGGUGGAGCUCCCUACGGCUGCUUUGGGGCUCCGGAGCAGGAGACGGUCCACGUCUACAUCCCAGCUCAGGCAGUGGGAGCCAUCAUUGGGAAGAAGGGACAGCACAUCAAACAGCUGAGCCGCUUCGCUGGAGCCUCCAUCAAGAUCGCUCCAGCUGAAGCUCCUGACUCUAAAAUGAGGAUGGUGAUCGUGACAGGACCACCUGAGGCUCAGUUUAAGGCUCAGGGCAGAAUCUAUGGCAAACUGAAAGAGGAGAACUUCUUUGGACCCAAAGAGGAGGUCAAACUGGAGACUCACAUCAAGAUGGCUGCUGCUGCUGCAGGAAGAGUCAUCGGCAAAGGAGGCAAGACGGUGAAUGAGCUGCAGAACCUGACAGCAGCUGAGGUGGUGGUCCCCAGAGAACAGACGCCUGACGAGAACGACCAGGUCAUCGUCAAGAUCAACGGACAUUUCUACGCCAGCCAGCUGGCUCAGAGAAAGAUCCGGGACAUCCUGACCCAGGUCAAACAGCCACAGAAAGGCGGCAUGGGUCCCGGGCCGAACCCCCAGGGCUUCACGGAGAUGGGCAGCCCCACACAGGGACUGACUCAGGACCACCAGCCACGCAGGAAGUGAGGUCCUCGCGACCUCCUGGCACGCCGUGGGGCACCCCCCGCCUGACGGACAGACAGACACAUGCACAGACGGAUAGACGGACGGACGGAUACAGGAGAGCGACACACGACCCAGCGAUAGACAGGGAGAGAUGUUAAAGAGGGAGGGAGUACGCCCGAUAGCCACAGAGACAGAUAGGCAUUUAGGGAGAAGAUGAGUAAAAUCAAAAGAUGAAAUGAAUUUAAAAAAGAGGAUUAAGAUUUAAAAAAGUAACUCGAGAACAGAGACCAGAUGCCAGGCCAGAAGAGAGACUGAAUGAGGAUGGAGGGAUGAAGGAACGGAGGGAUGGUGGGAGGGAGAAGCGACGUCGUCCUAGUGUGCCUUGGUACGAUCCUGCAUCAGACAGGUUCAAACAACUCGUCUAUUGAUGCUGCUGAUGUUUACAGCUGGGAUCUACUGAAGCUCGGCUGACUGAUCUGUGUUUCCCAGACACACUAGCAGCGGCCCGUUUGUCCUUCUGUCGCCCCCUACAGACCUCUCCAACCAUCUGCAGUCAGUCCUAUAUUUUAAGGGUGGUUUUUUAAACAUAGAGAUAUAUGUAUAGAAAUGUUUUAUUCAGAGCUAUUAUUGAUAGAAUGCAGUGAGGCGGAGCCGGGAGAGGGAGCAGGAAGCUGCUGCAGCGGCUCAGGAGGACGGGUGGCGGUCCGGGGCUCGCCUCGCCCACCCCCGACCUCCAGGCCGACGAGAGUCUAGAAGAGGGGCCGCAGAUGUUAACACUGCUCUUUAAAAAACUCUCUGAAUAGCAGAGAGAUUAGAAGAAAAAAGAAGAAAAUAUGAGGUUGUAAAUAUAUAAUCUUCAUGUAAAUGUUAAGAAAUGCUGCGUCUGGCCGCCUUGCCUUUUUAUAAAAGGGGUCUUGUGUCUGUUUCCCAGUCUCUGGUCUAUGAUAUGUAGCAUCAUGUAGCCUACAGCGAGGCCUGGGGCUGGGAUUCACCGAGCAUCCCGUCUGUUAGCCGUGUGGCGGAAGGCGCAGCAAGAGACAGUAAGGAGGCGGAGGUCGCGGCUGGUCCUGCAGUUCUAUUGCAGAGGCUCAGCUCACGUGUGAAACCUUUAGAAAACAGCUUUGUUAAAGUGCCAGCAGCUAUGCUAGCUGGUCAGCGGCCCGCACCUUAAACGGCAUAUUUUAUAUAUAUUAUAUAUAUAUGAUAUGUGAGUUAGCCCGGCCCCUCGGGUUCAUGUAUUGAAGGCAGAGAGUCAGGUGUGAGGUUUUGCUACACCUGUUUAAGUCCGGCAAUGGCAGACAGACAAGGUGUGUCUGAGACUUUCUGCUCAUUGCAUUCGUCCAGCGCUGGAUCCUUAAGGCCAGUCUUGGACAUGAUGGUUUUCUCCUCAGAAGACCAUCCCUGCGUUGAAGUCAUCUUUCAGAUAAAGAUGCCUCUAACGCUGGUAGAGAUAAACAGACUGGCCUUGGCCGAGCGCAGGAACCAAAAAAAGCAAAGUCUUCCAAAGCUCCUUGCCUUGAGCUCAGCGACGGUAAAAUCAGACUGAAGGGGAGCAGGCUUCCUGGUUCUCUCUCCCAAUCUGCCGACGGCCUGUGGGCGGAGCCUCCAGACCCUGCCUGCAUAUGAUGAUGAGGGGCAGGGUCAACGCCUGGACGCUCUCGCCAAGAUUAGAACAGAUUAGAGAAAAAAUGAAAAAGAAAAAACCUACCUCAGGGUAAAGUUACCUCAGUAUUCCUAACUUUUUUUUGCUUGCUGGUGUUUUAUAUAAGAAGAAAAAAGAAAAGAAGAGCUGAUAGUCCUGAAUAUUUUUUAUUUUUUUAAGAAAAAGUAUUUUUUUUAGGUAUUGUCUUGUUGCUUUGGUUGUUUUUUUUCUGUUUUUUUGGUGUGGUGAUGGCUGAAUGAGUUCAGGAUGACGAGCAGACGGUGUGUUUUGUUUUAUCCAAGCAGAUAAAGAUAAGAUGCUGGUCUAGAGAGGAAAUGGGUCGAGUGCCAUUUAGCCUUUUUAGGUGAGAAACACGCUCUCCGUCUUUCUGACGUGUGAUUGGUGCCGCGGUUGUCUGGAAUGAAAAGCUGGCCAAUGGGGAGUGGUGUUACUGGAGAGGGGUCCUCAAGAGCACAUGGUGACCGAACACACCACAGAGGGGCGCUGUUUCUACAGAUUCCUCCAGUAGAGGUGGGCGUAUCGAUCCAGAUAACACUAUCGAUACCUGCGUUGGCAUUGAUGUUAAGCGAUACCAGUGUAAAGACAUCGAUACUUAAAUUAACGUAGAAAUGUAUCUUAAAAGAGCAUUUCCUAUUUCAGUGACAGAAAUUUUGCACAAAUAUUGACCAAACUGUCAAAAAUGAUUUAAGGAGGUUAUCCCUCACUUUGGGAUUUCAUCGGCAACCCAAAUACUGACCAAGGAAUUAGUCUGAUUCUUAAACCCUGAGAGCAUCUUCAUUCCAGAGCUGGACCAGAUACAGCAGCUAACCUUAGCUCUAAACCUACAGACUACUGAAAACUUAGUCUGGAGUAUCGGUAUCAGUAUCGGUGAUAUUGGCCCAGUAUUUACUUGAUAUCAGACGAUACUAAAUCUUGCAGCAUCGUACACCACUAUCCUCCACCUCUGAUCGCGUUAAGUCGUCUCGAGACUCGUGGCUUCCGGCCCGCCCUGUGCCCCGAAGGACCCUCCUCUCCCGCCUUAUUUUGAUGACAUCAUCACGAAGCGCCAAACAUUACGAGAGGGCUUUGUUUGAAACAACGUCGAGAGGUUUGGUUUCUCACCCGCAAACGUGAGCAUGAGCUUUAAAGCCAAAAUCCCCCCUGUCCUCCUUCACCUUGCUUACCUUGAGGUUGGAAACUCGUCAGAUCAGAGUCAAGCAGCUGCCGGUCCAUCUGCAGACAGAAGAGGGCAUUCUACCUACACACAGAACUAGCUCUGACUUCUCUGAAUGUGAAUAUUUAUUACCUGUGCACUGACCACGACACCUCAGAUGCUCCCCGUUGGCUACGUGUGUGUGCGCUCAGCGUGUGAAUGUGUGUGUUUGUGUUCGCUGGUUUUAAAUGUUCUUUUUUUUUUUUUUUUGUCAGGGGAUGUGGUUGGGUGAAACUUUAAAAAAAAAAGCAGAAAAAAGUAGGACGAGAACCUAUGGCCCCUCCGUCUGCGUUCCAACUCACCGAAGAUGGAGAAGAUCCAAGAACCUUUCAAAAAAAAAUGGGAGCAAAAAAAACAAAGCGAGAGAGUUUUAAAACAACAGCAACACAGCCGCGUAAUAGAUUCAAACCUGUACAUAAGAUGUUCAAAAGGUGAUCACCAUACUUUUGUAUUUUUGGAGUAAAAAAUGCAUAAAAAUCAGAAUGGGAAAAGCCGUUGAGAAAGGAAAGAUUGCGCCACGUCGCUGAAGGAUACUGCCAGAUAAAUCAUCAUCUUUUUAAUGUCUUCCCUUCAUCGGCUUCCCCACCAGCUCACCAACAAACAGGGAAAAAUCUAUUCUUUUGUGUCUGUGCUUCCAUUUUUGCCCAGAGGCGCUAACUUCACAGCUCGACCACGUUGUCCUGUGUCAAGUUUCCACCUCUUUUCCAACCAUAGAGCUCUGUUCACAACCACCAAGACACACUAUUUAGGAUUCAUUAUUCAGCCUGCAGGCUUUUGGAUUGGUUAGGAUUCAUUUCUUUUCUUUUUAUUUUUGUUUUAUUUAGUUUUGACAAUACAGCAAGCUUUAUUUGGACGUGACAUCUGGGGACGUACUGUUGCACUAAAGAGAAAUAUGUGGACAACGUCACACUAUCGAAACGACUGAGAACACCUGAUGCAAAUCUUUAAAGAGUAAAAAAGGUGGAGUGUGAGGGGGAGGAUGGGAGGAAGAAGUAGUGAGAUGUUGAAGUAUGAGGUGAAAACGUUCCUCAAACCCGUUCGGAAUCCACCGUCUCCUCCUCCUUUAUUCUCCCACUAAACAUCCAAAUCUCUCCUCACCCUCCUGCACUCUGGGAGAAGAGUGAGAUGUUUUUAUUUACUUUUAUUUAAAAUAAAAAAAAGAAUAAUUUCAUUUCGGAGCGGGCGGGAAUGUCAGGGUCCCUCGCCCUCUCUUGCGCUGGUCUCCAUCGUGUUCGUUUUGCUCACUUCUGUUCAAGACCUUUUGAUUUUCUUAGUUUAACCGCCAUUUUUUUUGUUUUUUGUUGUUUUGUUGUUUUUUUUUUACGAUCAACGUUCUGACUCGUUAUUGGAAAAUAAAAAGAUAGUUGAUUUUGAUCAUUUUUGCUUUUGAAUGCACAAAUCUAUUAACAGAACAGCUACUAAAUAGGAUAAAGUACUAACAUGUAGCUCCGUACAUGGUAGUAACUGUGCCAAACACAGCAAGGCGCUCGCUCCACAAUGCAGUAUAGAGCCGAGUUGAGCAAAUAACCCGUAAUACUGAACUCAUCGAGAAGGUCUUAAGAUAGCUUCAGAAGUAUUUCAGAGUGGAGUUUGCUUCAUUCGUGCGGUGACGUCUCGUCUUGUUUUCGUAUGUCCAGUAGAGACAGUAGAGACGACACCUUUUAGGGUCACGCUUAACGCUCCCUCUCUGUUAGAAUGUAGGAAGAGCAGCUCACAAAGACGGAAAUCACUUCUUAUGUUUCCUCUGGUGGCCCUAUCUGCUGCUAGGAACACAGAUCCGGAUCAUUUCUGAGAUGAAAAGUGACCCGCUGUCGUAUUCUUUUAUGCAAGUUGAGUGAUAUAUUGACGUAGUAUCGGCUAGUGGGCAGAAAAACAUCGAUAUCAUCGCCAUGCAGAAACGUUUAAGAAUAAAAUCGACAUGAUUUAGUUGUACCAAGCGAUUUUUAAGACUGUUUAAAGGACCAUACCAGUGUUUCUUUUGUGUUUUACCACUUUACUUAUGGACUUUACAUUACUGCUGACCAUUUUCUACAACAUAUCACAGAACAUCUGGGUGCCGUGCUUUAUUUGCUGCACCACAAGCAAAAACAUGCGACCAUAGAUGGAUUUGCAAAGACAAGCAAACCUCAUUUGGAGUGCUGCAAACCAAUAUACCAGUGGGAAAACAUCUGGCUCUGCAGCUGUUAAAUCCUCUGCUAUCUUCAGCCCCUACCUUCAUCUAUCUGCUGAUUGAUUGGUGCUUUUGUUAGGUUCUGUCUCACUGAAAACUGCACCUGGAAACGCUAUAAAUGCAGCAUGAGGGAACCAGAACAUUAAAGCUGCAGGUUUCACAGCCAAAACAAUGAGCUGAAAGAGGCUAAAAUGCUGAUCUGAGGUGAACUGCAGUCUGGGGAUAGUUCUUGGUUCACAUUCUACACGGUGAUUUGAUCUGUUUAUAGCGUCUUUAACUGCCAUUCUUUGGAACAUGGUCAGCACUAAUGUAAAGUAUAUGCAGUAAUUUUGCAAAAAAAAAAAAAACCCUCACUGGUAUUGUUCCUCUUCUUCUGAAAACUAGAAGCUUGGAAAUUGAGACUUUGCCAGCUUCAGAGCUUUGCUUCGUAGACCUCACAGCAUGUAGCUCAGCCCUGACGGACACAUAGAGAGGCUCUUGGAGGACAGUUUGCAGUAAAACAGCAGAACCUCCUCCACGUCGUGAACCUUCCACCUCCUCCUCAGAGUCUUCUGAAAGAGAAAAAUCCGGCAGAGGGAGACCCUACCGAGAAAAACAAAAAAACCUCUUGACACAUAACUAGGAACGCUACCUCAGAGCAUAAGCAAACUCAGCUAGAAGAUUGUUUCUUUUAUUUUCUUUAAGUACAAGCGAGCGGUCAGCUGGACGGACGCAGACAGAAACGACAGACAGUCUACGUUACAACACACUCACAGUUUGUUUUCAUUUUCUUUUUUCCGUUCUUUGACUUUAAUUUAUUGUUUUGGUUUUUGAAGUUGUACCUCUCCAGCUUAGAGAUGGGACUGUAAAAAAUAAAUGAGUAAAUAAAAACUUUAAAAAAGACAAAAAAACCCGAUAAGGACACGCAGCGGGGCAGGACGGCGUGGGGCGAGGGCAGCCGGACGAGGAUUUCCUUUUCGCGUUCCAAGCGGAGGCUGGUCGCUGACUUUUCUUUGAUUCACAACCGGACACAGCUGUUUUGUCUUUCUGUUUUAACUGCUAAAAUUACCCACAAUCCUCCUCCAGCGCCGCCCUGCCGCCCCGCCUCCCCUCCCUGUGAUUUCACCUCCUGAAUCAAGGGACACCACACCUGUAACCAUGUAACUGUUUUGUUGAUCUACCUCUUAGGAAAAAAUAGGUAAAUGGUAAUUUUUUUUUCUGAAAAAGGACACAAAAAUAACAAAAAAAAAGUUGCUCGAAAGAAAUAUAGAUAAAUGAAUAACUGGGUAGCGGCAUCUCCAUAUACUGUAGUGGAUAGUCUAUUAAAGGAAAAAACUUUUACUUCUUCCAAAGAUGAUUUUUGUUUUCUUUCUCAAUUCUUUAGUUGAUUUUUUUUUUGAAAGGAUUAUGAAACGGAAUGAUAAAGUGAAAGGGGGAGACAAAAACUUACCACCCGUUUUUAAUUUUCUUCUUUAUAAAACCCAACAUAAGUGAGAUUUCUUUAUCCAAUUUGCAUUUUAUUUUGUUUUCAUUUCAUUAAGCUUACACUUGUUUAACUUCAAAAUGUUCUCCAUGUUUUUUUUUUGUUUUGUUUUGGUUGACUUCUAAUUUUCUCUCUCUUUCUUUUUUUUUAAUGACAGCAGAUUGUAUCUCUUGUGUUUGGGUGCAUUUAACAUUUUCUUUCUCUCUGUGAAAAGCCUACAUGAGUUAGAGCGCCCUGCGAGGACCUUCUACACCGAUCGAUGAUCUAUUUUCACUUCUAAUGAGUCGUUUGAAAAAGCAAAAAGGACCUGUUGUUUUAGCCAACUGUAGCUGCAGGUGGAUGGAGGGAGGACCUGGAUCGCUUCUAGAUUAAUUAAUGCUUGGCCUCUAAACCGGAAAAUGAACAUCUCCAUGUGCUGUGAGGAGUGUCAGGUCUUCCCUCCCUCCACUAGAUGGCGCCUUUGGUCUUUACAGUAUAUGGACUUUCACCCUCUGCCUGCCUGAUUCCUUUAGUCCUCAUCAACACUUGUUUUAAACUCCUUGUAAACAAAACAGAGCAUAGAUAUGAAUGUGUUAUUAAAAGAUGAGAAAACGGA